GCAUUCAUGUCGCCACGGCGAUGGAUCCAAGAAUGACGAACGUAGGGUUUUGGAGGAGGGCGGCGUGGUGGGAGGUACGCUUCGCUAUAUGAAAUUGAUGCGGCAUUGCUCGAGAGAUUGGAAAAAGAGGGAUUUUUUUUUUGAUAGAACCGUUUAGAGCUUCGCUCUUAGAAAGAAUGGAAGAGAGAAGAAACUAAAGCUCUAUCAGCGUCGUGGAUUCAACGUAGAGAACAAGGACUAUGGAAAAAUUUAGACCAUGGUGUUGUGGAUAUACAAGCUGAAGGAGUCCUCUCAUCUUUGCAAGUUCACAAAUUCCGUGGAGAAGUUGCAAGCUUCCGGGAUAACUAUAUAUCCUUGAUGCUUGCUCGGUGGCUACUCGAGGAAAGGCUAAUAGACAGUGUCAGGGACGACGAUAACUUACUGCCUGCUCGUUGGUGCUUAUGCUCGCCCGGGAGGAGAUGCGAGACUGUCAUAUCUGGCCGAACUCCUCUACACAGCCCAAAGGCUGAAGCUCUUGCGAGAGAUGUUUCGAAUGGUGUCUUGGAACUCUUAGGAAGCUGACGGCUCAAACUUUCAACAAGAGCAGGACCGGUGGCAUGACGUGAACCAACUGUCGAGGAGAUGCGUUCCGAGUGACUGUUUCCAAGCACAACCUUUGUGGAUAUAUACAUUCAUGCACGCUUGUUCCAGUCCAGGCGAUGGAAUGGGACCGUCGCCAGCGGCUUACUCAGCUCAACUGGGAAUGUGCGAGCAUGAAAAAUAUUGAGAUACACCUGGUGAUCAACGCGUUUAGUCUGGUCAGGUGGUGUUCCCGGUGUUUGAAUACAUCAAACGAAGCUGGAUUGACAGCUGACAAGAUAACUUAUACAACGCUCAUGAAAGCAUUGAUUAGGCCCGAGAAGCUCGACGAGGUCUCAAAUAUAUUUGAAGAGAUGGUUUAAGGCAGGGUGUGGCACGUCAGAUGGAAAAGCAGAAGACAUGCUUCGCGUUCGCAGUGCUUUCCGAGUCACUUUGUCAUCAAAAGACAAACUUUUGCGGAGAGGUACUUGGCCAAAUGACAAGCCCAAUCCCUUUGAAGAUUGCAUGGCAGCAAUAUAAGGAGAAGAAUAGCCAGCCGCAGAUCACGCAUAGUCUAUACACUCUGGGGAGUUCUUGAUCCUUGGAUGUUCGCUACGUUCGAAGCAGAGAAAUUCCUAAAGUAACAUCGGUGCAUUUGGAUAAAAAAUGGCUAUGGUCCUGGCACACAACCUUAGUUUUUUCCCCGAAUACAUAAACAAGUGGACAGAACAGAACGGCGAUGUUUGUAACCAUGACAUCGAGGGCGGCACUGGGCGUAUAUUUUAAGUAUGAAAUCCGAGAAAGAUUGGCACGUGGGUGCACAGGAUCUUCAACAAUUCCAGGCAGCUCUGCUGCUCGGAGGAAGAAGAAAAAUGCAAGUAUGUGGUGAGCUGAGGAGGAGGAGGACAGCCUUGGGCUUAUUCUACUCCAAGUAAAAGGAUGGAAAAAGCUGGGAUUUUUAUUUAAAGCGCACCUCUUUGGGUCGUCACCAACGCAUCACCCAACUUAUGACAACGCUCAUGUGCUUCUGCGGAUCGGUUUCUUCCGACUGGUGCCACCGGCUGGUGGUAUGCAUCCAGAUAUUACUUUGCAACUUGCACUGAUGUUCUUGUUUGCUGUUGUUGGAGCGUCGUUGUUGUCACUGCCUUUCGGGUUCUUGACUUUGAACGCCUUGCUCGUUUUGGAUUUGCAACGCUUGGACUGGUUUAAGUGUAAUUCUUGACCACCCGCGCCAGGCACAGGUACUACAAUCAAAAGCUUUGGUCUUGGAAAGACGUCGCUGCUGCUGCCGGAUUGUGUGUCUGCUUUUCAGGAUUUCAGCUGGAGAUCUUUGCUAUCAACUAAUUCCUCGUGGUCCAGCGGGAGCUUCGUCCACGCUUAUGAGCAACAGCAGCAGCAACAAACGGCUGGCUGGCAUGUUGCGAUAAAUGGUGGGGGCAGAAGCAAUUGCCCAGGCAUGGCAUACGCAGGAAAGACUUGUACCAGCAGAGGGCAGGAACAGCCAUUGUGUGCAUGUGUGCUGUGCUGCAGCAUGCGUGUGUGCCUGAUUUGAUCGCUACAUGCUGAGUGAGACAAAGGAAGUACGACGUUUCUUCCUCAAUUCUUCUCCACCAACUGGAGCUUUUAAGAAUUUGGCACCCUCUGCUGCGGGUGCUAAUGCGUGGAGGAAAUCGCACUGUACGUAGUACGAUGCACGUAACUCAUGGACCCAGCAUGGAGAGGGAAAAGCAAACAAAAAGAAAAGCAAGAGAGCUAAAGAAUGCGCCUGGGGGGAUUGUUUAACAUCCAACUUUCGAGCGGGCAUGCAAGGGAGUUUUAUAGCGGAGAUAGAUCCAAGGCGCGAGGAAAGAGAGAGAGAGAGGAAGAAUGGAAGUUCCUUGCAAGUUGGUCCUUUUAUGUCCGCGAAAAGAAGGGCCGCGGUGACAUGAAAUGUUUGCGUUCAACCCUGUUGUCAAAGGGAGACAAUGCACAGAACAAGGACGUUGCUUUACAUGAGAUCUAUCGCAUUUACCCGAUCGAUAAAAUAUGCCUCGAGGAGCCGUGGAGUGGAUUGGUAACAGGAGAAAGACGAGAAAGCAGCGAAGGGACAGGAAUAAAUAACUCAUGCACAGGAUCUCCAUCGCCACCACCACCACUGUGCAUCGUCGACGGAGACACAAAGACGAGGGAGGGCGAAGCUACUCCGUUUGAUGAUCGAGAAGAGCAGUGAUGGCGGGCAGCAGCAGAGUUGGAGCUAGAUCGGGAAGAGCAGUGAUGACGAGCAGCAGCAGAGAUGGAGCUAGAUCACCCUCCAGGACAAGGAUGAUAAUGGCCAGCAGAGAGAAUCCAAAGCGCCACAGGCUCCAUGACAACGUAGCAAAGAUGGCGAUGGUGGUGGUGCUGCUGCUGCUAGCUUCACUUCCCAGGACGAUCUCCAGCGAAAGAAUCCAUGGACGAGCAGAGGAAGGGUCAUCUCACAUUGUCCACUCGGACUACGAGCAGCCGGACCCUUUCAUGGAUCCCAACGAGCUGGAAUCGCUCUUCCGGGUGAUGGAAGCUCUGACGAUGGAGAUUGAGUGGCGGCGGCACUACCCACACCCGUGUAGCAGCACUCCAUGGCCGGGCAUCCACUGCGAGCAGCAAGACGAUGGCCUCUCUCACGUCACGCGCAUCGACUUUGGAUCGCUGCCCAACUCGACUUGCAAGCGCAAUGCCACCAUGGAUCCAUCGCUCCUCCAGCUCAAGUCCCUGCGCGGCCUCUUCAUCCUCAAUUGCUUCGUGGAUUCCAAGACCACCAUCGUCCCCGGGAUCUCCAAGCUCGCCUCCUCGCUCCAGAUGCUCAGCCUGCGAGGGAAUCCAUCGCUGGUGGGAGAGAUCCCCAGCGAGAUUGGGCGCCUCUCCAAGCUCGAGGUCCUCUCCCUCUCGCAGAAUGGCCUCUCGGGGCAAAUCCCCAAGGAGCUGGGCGAUCUGGCCAAGGUCGAGCACAUCGAUCUGAGCUACAAUGCCCUCUCCGGGGCGAUUCCAGGGGAGCUUGGCGCGAUCAAGAGCCUCAGCAUCCUGGAUCUUAAUGGAAAUCUUCUCUCCGGGCACAUUCCAUCCUCGAUCGGGGAGGCAUCCCAGCUCCAGAAGAUGGAUCUCAGCGGCAAUCGCCUCACGGGAAGGAUCCCAUCCUCGCUGGGAUCCUUGGCGGGCUUGAAAUUCUUGGCGCUCAGUGACAACGAGCUCACGGGCGAGUUGCCCCAAUCACUGGCCAAUCUCGUGGGGAUCGAGUACCUCAUCCUCCACGGCAAUCCAAUGCGCGUGGAGCUCCCGGAUUUUUGGAGCAAGCUCACCAAUCUCUCGGAGCUCAGCCUCUCCAGCUCUGGAUACUUCGGUUCCAUUCCCGCGAGCUUGGGGGAUUUGAUCUAUCUCAGCGAGCUCUCUCUCGAGGACAAUCUUCUCAAUGGUAGCAUUCCUUCCAGCAUUGCCAGGCUCUCCAACAUCUAUCAUCUCAAUCUCAGCAACAAUCUUCUCUCCGGACCGGUGCCUUUCCAAAGAGAUUUCCUCUACAGGCUGGGCGAGAACUUGGAUCUUCGUGGGAACGUAGAUCUGUGCCUCACUGUGGACGUGCCAAGGAACGUUUCCACCAAGAAUUUGAGCUCGUGUAGUAGUCAGGGAUCAUCAUUGUCUUCCAGCAGCAAUAGUGGUGCUGCCAACAGCGGAUUGUUGUCCAGGCAGAGAUCCUUGCUGCUCUUUUUGCUGGUGCUUCUACUAGCUUUGCUUGAUUAGAAGAUGUGUAUAUGGAAUCAAAUUAUCAACAACGUUAAUUAUUUCUAGCAAUUGA